GAGGGAGCCGGCGAGCCGAGUCGGUCUGGGCUCAGCCCCCCCCCGCCCCCCGGUGCGGAGGUAGAAGUCGUGGCCGCCCCGUCCUGAGGGAACCGGCGUCUCCCGCCUCCGCCAGCUGAGUACGGCUCCCGGCGCGCCGUCCGCAUCCCGUUCCGCGCCUUUCUCCCAGCCGCUCUCGGCGGGGCCGCGAUGGAAGAGGAGCGGGCGGGCGAGCAGAUGAGACCGUUGCUCACCACGGGUCACGAUGAAGAAGCUGUUGUGGAUAUGGGCAAAAUCAGCUCUACUAUCAAUACAAACUUUGAGAAGGAAGAACUAGAGAGCCACAGAGCUGUGUAUAUUGGAGUUCACGUCCCAUUUGGAAAGCAGGGCCGUCGACGGCACAGACAUCGUGGGCACAGGCAUCACAAAAGAAAAAAAGAAAAAGAAACUGAUAGAGAGGAUGGCAGAGAAUCUCCAUCAUACGACACGCCAUCCCAACGAGUGCAGUUUAUCUUGGGUACUGAAGAUGAUGAUGAACACAUUCCCCAUGAUCUCUUCACUGAAAUGGAUGAACUUUGCUUCAGGGAUGGAGAAGAAUAUGAAUGGAAAGAAACUGCUAGGUGGCUGAAAUUUGAAGAGGAUGUUGAAGAUGGUGGUGAUCGAUGGAGCAAACCUUAUGUAGCAACUCUGUCUCUGCACAGUCUCUUUGAACUGCGAAGCUGUAUUCUUAAUGGGACGGUCAUGUUGGACAUGAGAGCAAGCACAUUAGAUGAGAUAGCAGAUAUGGUUUUGGACAACAUGAUUGCUUCUGGCCAGCUGGAUGAAUCCAUACGGGAAAACGUGAGACAGGCUCUUCUGAAGAGGCACCAUCAUCAGAAUGAGAAAAAGUUCAGCAAUCGGAUUCCCCUGGUUCGGUCUUUUGCAGAUAUAGGCAAGAAACAUUCUGACCCUCACUUGCUUGAAAGAAAUGGCCUUUCAGCCUCCCGCCACUCUUUGCGAACAGGUCUCUCUGCCUCAAAUAUUUCCCUGAGAGGAGAAAACCGUUUGUCAGUUCUUCUCAAUUACCUUCUUCCUUCUUCGAGAGCUGGAACCCCGUCAGCCUCAAGGUGUACAACCCCUAUAACUACCCCUCAAAACACACCACCCUCCAGUCCAACCUGCAGCCACCUGCCAACCACAAGUGCCCAGCCAAGUCCACCGCAGGGCAAGGAAUUGCUGGUGUCACCUGCCAGUGAUGAUAUUCCUUCAGUAGUAAUCCACCCACCUGAGGAGGACUUAGAAGUGCAGGAAAGCCAUGAAAAGAAGACAAAGGAAAAUACUGACAAAACACCAGGGCUGUUAGCAUCUCCACAAUCAGCACCUGGAUAUUUAGACACUGGGAAAACUGGAGAGGUUAAAGGUACCGGGGCAGGAGGAAGCAGAGAAAAUAGCACAGUUGAUUUUAGUAAGGUUGAUAUGAACUUCAUGAGGAAAAUACCUGCAGGAGCAGAAGCGUCAAAUGUAUUAGUGGGAGAAGUAGACUUUUUAGAAAGACCUAUUAUUGCUUUUGUGAGACUCUCCCCAGCUGUGCUUCUCUCAGGUCUCACAGAAGUUCCGGUUCCUACACGGUUUUUGUUUUUGUUGCUGGGACCAGCAGGAAAAGCUCCACAGUACCAUGAAAUUGGAAGAUCAAUAGCAACACUUAUGACAGAUGAUGUUUUCCAUGAUGUUGCCUAUAAAGCAAAAGACCGAAAUGAUUUGUUGUCAGGAAUUGAUGAAUUUUUAGACCAAGUGACAGUCCUGCCUCCAGGAGAAUGGGAUCCAUCUAUACGAAUUGAGCCACCAAAAAGUGUUCCUUCCCAGGAGAAAAGGAAGGUACCUAAAUUUCCAAAUGGAUCUACUCCUACAGGAGAGACUCUCAAAGAAGAAGGCCAUCAUGCUGGACCUGAACUUGAGAGAACUGGAAGGCUUUUUGGUGGUUUGAUACUUGACAUCCAAAGGAAAGCACCUUUUUUCUUGAGUGACUUCAAGGAUGCAUUAAGCCUGCAGUGCCUGGCCUCGAUUCUUUUCCUAUACUGUGCCUGUAUGUCUCCUGUAAUCACUUUUGGAGGGCUCCUGGGAGAAGCUACACAAGGCAGAAUAAGUGCAAUAGAGUCUCUCUUUGGAGCCUCAUUAACUGGGAUUGCCUAUUCUCUCUUUGCUGGGCAACCUCUUACUAUUCUGGGGAGCACCGGACCAGUUCUAGUAUUUGAAAAAAUAUUAUUUAAAUUUUGUAGGGAUUAUGAUCUUUCCUACCUCUCCCUGCGAACUAGCAUUGGUCUGUGGACUGCAUUUUUAUGCAUAGUGCUUGUAGCCACAGAUGCCAGCAGCCUUGUGUGUUACAUCACUCGAUUUACUGAGGAAGCUUUUGCAGCACUUAUAUGCAUCAUAUUUAUUUAUGAAGCAUUGGAAAAGCUUUUUCAUUUGGGAGAACUGUAUGCCUUCAAUAUGCACAAUGACUUGAGUAAACUGACUUUAUAUUCAUGUGUGUGUGCUGCUCCUGAGAAUCCCAGCAAUGAAACUUUGCGCGUAUGGAGGAAUAUGAAUAAGUCUGUGGAAAGUAUAGCAUGGAGAAAUCUUACAGUUCCUGAAUGUUUAGAAUUGCAUGGUGUGUUUCAUGGAUCAGCUUGUGGGCGUCACGGACCAUAUAUUCCAGAUGUUCUCUUCUGGUCUGUCAUAUUAUUCUUUACAACAUUUUUCCUCUCCUCUUUCCUUAAGCAAUUCAAGACCAAACGCUAUUUCCCAACGAAGGUGCGUUCUACCAUCAGUGACUUUGCAGUAUUUCUGACCAUAGUAAUAAUGGUUUUGAUUGACUAUCUCGUGGGAGUACCUUCUCCUAAGCUUCACGUUCCAGAGAAAUUUGAACCCACUCUAAAAAACCGAGGAUGGUUUAUGGAUCCUCUUGGAAGCAAUCCUUGGUGGACACUUUUGAUAGCUGCUGUUCCUGCAUUACUCUGUACUAUUCUCAUUUUCAUGGAUCAACAAAUAACAGCUGUUAUUAUAAACAGGAAAGAGCAUAAGCUGAAGAAAGGCUGUGGCUAUCAUCUUGAUCUGCUCAUGGUUGGUGUUAUGUUGGGGGUAUGUUCUAUCAUGGGCUUACCGUGGUUUGUUGCUGCAACUGUCCUGUCUAUAAGUCAUGUUAACAGCCUGAAAGUUGAAUCUGAAUGCUCAGCACCAGGAGAGCAACCAAAGUUCUUGGGAAUCCGGGAGCAGCGAGUGACAGGAUUGAUGAUUUUUGUCCUGAUGGGGUUGUCAGUGUUCAUGACCUCAGUGUUAAAGUUUAUUCCAAUGCCAGUUUUGUAUGGUGUCUUUCUUUACAUGGGAGUAUCCUCAUUAAAAGGCAUUCAGUUUUUUGACCGUAUAAAACUGUUUGGAAUGCCUGCCAAACAUCAGCCUGACCUGAUUUAUCUACGUUAUGUGCCACUCUGGAAAGUCCAUAUCUUUACAGUUGUUCAGCUCACUUGUCUAGUUCUGUUGUGGGUGAUUAAAGCCUCUGCAGCUGCUGUUGUUUUCCCUAUGAUGGUUCUAGCUUUAGUGUUCGUUCGCAAGCUCAUGGAUUUAUGUUUCACCAAAAGAGAGCUUAGCUGGCUUGAUGAUCUUAUGCCAGAAAGUAAAAAGAAGAAAGAAGAUGACAAAAAGAAAAAGGAGAAAGAAGAAGCAGAGAGAAUGCUUCAGACAGGGGACAAUGAAAGCGUACACCUUGCAUAUGGAGAAGCAAACUUGGAUUUUCCUGUAAAAAAACUAAAAUACAGCACUGAUCCCUCAAUUGUAAACAUAUCAGAUGAAAUGGCCAAAACUGCACAGUGGAAGGCUCUUGCCAUGAGUACUGAGAAUGCCAAAGUAACCAGAGCUAACCUGAGCCCUGAAAAAACAGAAAGUGUGAAAAUAAACGUGGAAGAUUCACCUGUUGUGAAAUACGUGGAUGCCGAAACAUCUUUGUAGAAGUGAACCAAGGGGAAUUGCGUGUAUUUGUGUGUGUAUAUAUAUAGCUGUAGGAUAUUAUAC